AAAGGGAAGUAUGGGAAACUUAUAAAGGUAGUUAUUAGGUACCAUGAAUUAGAAUCCUUGAGUAGUCAAGCUAUGUUAUAUUUUAAACCCGUAUUAUCGUUGAUUGAAUUAUAGCCAGCGCAAUGGGUGCCCAGUUUUCAAGCGCCGUAACUCAGUUCUUCCCUCCUAAGCCGGGGUUUACUGAGAAAAACAUAUCCGAUCUCCAUGGCAAGGUUUGCAUCGUUACCGGUUCAACCGCGGGCGUAGGUAAAGAAACCGCCAGGAUUCUCUAUUCUAAGAAUGCGAAAGUCUACAUUGCCGCACGUUCCCAAGAAAAGGCCGAAAAGGCAAUCGACGAAAUCAGCAAAGCCUUCCCUAACUCGAAAGGGGGCCUAAGCUUCCUGAAGUUGGACCUUGGUGACUUAACUACGAUAAAGGCAUCAGCCGACGAGUUUCUCUCGAAGGAAAAGAAACUCGAUGUCCUAUUUAACAAUGCUGGUGUCCAGAACCCACUUCCAGAGCCCAGUAAGACGCCUCAGGGUUACGAAUAUCAUCUUGGUGUGAACAGCAUCGGAACAUACGCGUUUACGAAGUUUUUGACGCCGAUUCUCAUCUCAACAGCUAAGACGGAGGGAACAUCUCGCGUAAUCUGGGUAUCGUCUUCGGCCGCAGACCUGAUCGGUAUAAAGUCGAUCGGUAUCGAUAUGAGCAACUUAGACUAUCACGAUGACAAAUCAUACCUCAUAAAAUAUGGCCUUAGCAAGACCGGUAACUGGCUGCACGGCGUCGAGUUCGCCAAGCGAUAUAAGGCCGACGGUGUCAUUAGCAUUCCGUUAAACCCUGGAAAUCUCGCUUCGGAUUUAUACCGCGACCAAUCAGGCUUUAUGAAUAUUGUCACAGCGCUCAUAACAUACCCCUCUAUUAAUGGUGCCUAUACUCUCUUGUAUGCCGGCCUGUCUCCCGACAUUACCAUUGAGAAGACCGGAAGUUGGGUGAUUCCGUGGGGGCGAAUUCGCUCGGUUCGAAAGGACUUGUUAGAGGCGACUAAGACCGAAGAAGAGGGCGGAAAUGGCACGGCCAAGAAAUUCUGGGAAUGGACCAACGAGCAAGUUGAUAAGUAUACUAAAUGAAGAUGAUGUUGGUGGGAGUCGAUGAACAGACUGAACAGGCUGAACUAAUUGGGAUCGACGUGUUGAGCUUUAUAAUUGGAUUCAUAUAAUUGGAUUCAUCAGUUCUGGGAAUGGGGGAUUGUACUUUGAUAUCUAAGGAAUGGGUUAGAGAUACUAUCAUUAUAACUGAGAAGAGCCUCAUUACCUGAUAUGUUCCUUGC